AUGUCGAAGUCUCGAACAGCAACCGCUGUCUGCAGCACUUCGUUCAGUUGCUGCUUCCCCUCCGAGCUACGCGACCAUGUUAUCGACCAGCUCCAUGAUAAUCGUCCUGCCCUCAAGGCUUGCAGCCUCACUUGCCGUACGUGGCUGCGCCGCGCCCGCUAUCAUCUUUUUAGUCGCGUCGCCUUUGAUUCAGGACAAACCGGAGAUGCCUUCGGUCAACUUGUCCGGUCCUCUCCGACAAUUAUCGAUUUCAUCCAGGAGGUGGAACUGUGCGGUACUCCCGUCCACACGUGGUGGAACACCAAGACGCCAGCCGUGUCGACCAUUGCAUGGCCGACUCUAGACCAGACCCCUCGCCACCGUAAAGAGUCCGAUGUCGUAGAGACAGCGCUUUGGCUGCAACGUAUUCUUCCCUCAUCCACUCCCCCAUUUUCGAGACUCGUGUCUCUCAAGCUAUCCUCGCUCCCGAUUAGUGAUACAGUCACUCACGCCCUGCACUGCCAUUUCAAGAACACGACAACUCUCACUCUCGAUGGGUGCAAAGCACUGGCUCUCGCGGACUUCAUGGACCUACUAUGCGCCUUCCCUCGACUGAAUACCUUACGAGUGCUGGCUGCACAAUGGCUUCCUGCUAUUCAUUGCAAAGCCGAAAAAUGCGCCGGAUCUCUUCCGAGGUUACGACGCCUCGAGAUGUCUCGCAAAAUCGACGCUGCGCCUUUGAUUUCACGAAUACUCACCGAGUCGGCCCAUUCGGACAUCGUCUCGUUGUCUUGCUCAGUGUCCGGGCACAAUUGCGCACAUGCUAUUCGCGACUUCUUACACGCGGCUCGCUCAUCUCUAGAACAGCUUGAAAUUGGAUUCCAGGAUUCGCGAGACCCCACAGAUGUCCUACAAACUUCACAACUCGACUUGACACAGUCAACAGGUUUGCGUCGUUUACGUAUUAGCUGCUCCGCGUCACAUUGCCUCAUGCCCUCUUCGUAUCGACCAUCACUGUCCUGGAUUGUCAUACUACUCUCAACUGCAAGCUCUUCUCAGCUGCAGGAACUCGUAUUCUCCAUUCGUUCCGCCGAUCUGUGCGCACUCAACAUGGAGGGAUUGGACGUGGUUCUGUCUGGCACACGUUAUACUAGCCUGAAGAGCGUCAAGUUUGAGAUCCUUCUCUCCGGGCAGGCCCUGGGAGGUAUGGAUCAUAGCUGGAUUCGCAACAGGAUGCCUGCCAUUCGUAUGAAGGGCAUUUUGUCCAUAAGCUCGGACACCAUCUGCAGUGUCUGA